UUUGUACGAAAGAAGCCCGAAAUCAAGUGUCCCGCCGGCUGGUUAUUCAGCAUCCGCUUCGGGACGCAGCACGUCACAUGUCAUUCCCAGGCCCGUUUAACAACCAGGUUGGCCGAGCUUCGGCGCCUUCAACCCCUCCGGUUCAAUGCAUUCCUCUGCCACUAAUGCAGUUUCUGGCCCCUGAUGAGCGGGUUCAUUUCUUCUCUCCUAAUCGAACCCGUGUUUCGGCAAGCCCGUCGCCUCUCGCUCCCUACCAGCUCCCGAGCACUGCCCGACGACCACGGCUCCAGCGCUCACGACAACCUUCCUCCAGUCAACGAGGAUGCCCCGAACCCUCGCUCUGGUUCGGCUAGAUGUUUUCCUCGAGCUAGCAUGACUUCGGCCUCAACCGAUUUGUCGGAGGCUAGCACUUUGCCUUUCUCAGCCGAGACAGCACAAAGGCCACGGACGGAGAGUGCACCCCCAGCACCCCCACAUAUCGAAAAUGACAGAUGGGAGGAUGGACCUUCCCAGAUAACUCGUUCGGAGGAACCACCCUCAGGCCAUGAAUUCGGAAUAGAUGAAGCGGGCCAGGUGCUGUUACCUGAAGAUGAUGGAAUGGGUGUUCUGCGAAGGAAGAUACAUGCCAUUAGGGAUGAUAAAAAUGUCUCGAGUGCAGAGAUGGCACGCAUGGUGCACGACCUGAUGACGGAGAGGUACAAUAUGCUGCGUGAGAAAUCAGGUCACCGGCCAUUGUCCGCCUUGCGUGCUUCUUCGACCCCUCCCGAGGUGGAGCGCUCUACCAGUCUGGCAUCUCGCUGGGCCGGGCAAUUCCUCGACGAUGAAUCUACGAUUACCUCCACCGAGCCUGGGACUCAUACCUCUGAUUCAUUUAGUCUCACCGCCGAAGACGUAAAGCCUACGUAUGCUCCUAAGGAAGAGCCGGAACCUCCUCUGGGGGAUGGGGAAGAUAUAGAUCCAUGUGAGGAAGAACCAUUUCUGGGAUGCCAGCAUUAUAAGCGCAACGUGAAGUUGCAGUGCUACACGUGCAAGAAGUGGUACACGUGCCGGUUCUGCCACGAUGAUCGAGAAGACCACCGCCUCAUCCGACACAAAACAGAAAACAUGUUGUGCAUGCUCUGUGGCCAUGCCCAGCCUGCUGCGCCAUGGUGUCAGCAUUGCGGAGAGCAGGCGGCGCAGUAUUACUGUAACGUCUGCAAGCUCUGGGAUAACGACAGUAACAAAAGCAUAUACCACUGUAGCGACUGUGGAAUUUGUCGGAUCGGGCAGGGUUUAGGAAAGGAUUUUUUCCACUGCAAAAUCUGCAGUGUGUGCUUGCCAAAAUCGAUCGAGAAUACACAUCGAUGUAUUGAAAACUCCACUCAAUGCGACUGUCCUAUCUGCGGAGAUUAUAUGUUCACAUCCCCCGAUACUGUCGUCGUGAUGAGAUGCGGGCAUAGUAUUCACCACAAGUGUCUAUCUGAGCACUCGAAAAGCUCCUAUCGCUGUCCACUGUGCAGCAAAACGAUUACCAACAUGGAAUCCACGUUUCGGAAUCUCGAUCGGACGAUUCAGAGUCAGCCCAUGCCCUCCGAGUUCAAGGAUACCAAUGCGCUGAUAUACUGCAAUGAUUGCGGUGCCAAGUCUGUGGUCAAGUAUCACUGGUUGGGCUUGAAAUGUGACCUAUGCGAGUCAUAUAAUACGGCACAAAUCCAGCUCCUCCACGGGGACGACAUCGAGUCUACCGAGUCCCAUGGCGGAGCCGAAGAUUUACCAGGGCCCCGGUUACGAUCCUCAUCGUGCGGCGACGAGGAAGACACCCUAUCUCCAGCACUCACGUCCCUGGACAUCAGCACGAACUCGAUGCCAGGAGCUAAUUUCCUUUCAAGGCUUGCCCCACCAUCCGAAGCCCAGUCCGGCUACAGCCUCACACGGGGUCGCGCCGUGUCUCCAGUGAUCAGCAAUUACUUUGGCCUACCCACGGAGCGAGGAGUACAUUCCCUAUCCGGUGAUAGCGCCAACAAAGAUUACAGACAAGAGAGCACCGACGGGUUCAGCAUCUGGGGUACCACAUUUAAAUACCGGUAUAGCCUUUUAGGAGGCGGGGAUGGAGACUCUGACGGCGAAGGCGAGGGCGAGGGCGAGGGCGAGGGCGAGGACGACAAAGUGGCAGAUGGCGCGGACAGUCCAUCUGAGGAGGAAGAUGAGGAUGAGGAUGACGACGACGACGACGAUGAGAUUGAUAUUUUCGGCCACCGAUAGUCCAGAGCAAUGAUCUGUACGGCGUACAAGAUGGACUCUGACCCUAAAAUAA